AACAAAAAAGUUAGACUGGUCUCAUCUUUUUUUAAUAUUUUAUUAUGUGUGCCCAGCAUGCCUCCUUGUCUCUUAAAAUUGAUGUAGGUAAUGUCAGUUAACGUUUAUGGGACUUUAGAUUUUUGUGUUGCUAGCGGCGUUUCGUAUUCUAAUGUUCUAUUUUCUUUCUCGCGAGAAUACGCGUGCGUCUUGAAAAAACUUGCAAUGUUGAGCGGGUUAUUUCGCGGGAACUGUGUCUUUCCCUCGCUGUUAAGGAACAUAAUAUAAAUACAACAUAAAACUAUUACUUUUUUAUUUGAUCUAAGACGGGCAGCAGCCGAAGAUUGACUUUCCUCCUUCAAAGUCAUGUUCUCCGACCUGAGCGCCCAGAAGGAGGGCUCCUCUCUGCUCUGCCGCCCUGCCUCCGAGGACCAGGGGCCGGUGUUUGAGAGGAUGUCGCUGGCUUACAGUCCCUGCUCCGAGCGCUACAGGGCUGGGGAGAGAAGCUUCAAUCGCCAGUAUGCUCAUAUUUACGCAGCACGACUCAUGCAGAUGAGACCCCUGUUGUCAGAGAGAGCCCAGCAGAAGUGGGGAUCAGAUGUGCUUAUCAGGAAGCUGUGUGAUCUUCAGACAGGGGAGCAGUGUUGCAUUGUGGGCACCUUGUUCAAGCGUAUGGAUUUGCAGCCAUCUAUUCUGAAAGAGAUCAGUGAGGAGCACAACCUGCUACCCCAGCCCGCACGAGCAAAAUACAUCAGUGAAACGGAUGAGCUGAUUCUGGAGGAUGAGCUCCAGAGGAUCAAACUAGAGGGCAAAAUUGACAGGGACAAGUGUGUCACAGGUAGUAUUAUUGCAAUAUAUGGAGCUGAGAGGAACGAUGGGAAGUUCACAGUUGAGGACUUUUGCACAGCUGAUCUCCCUUUGCAGACACCUAGGCCUGCACUCAGUUCGGACAGGUUUGUGCUCCUGGCCUCAGGACUUGGUCUCGGGAGUAUUCAUGCUGACAGCAUGCUAGGGCUACAGUUGCUGGUUGACAUGGUCACCGGUCAGCUCGGUGACCAGGGGGAGCAGAGUGGGGCAUCAGCAAUUUGCAGGGUUCUACUGGCUGGAAACCUCCUGAGCCAAAGCACCCAGGACAAGGAUGCAUCAACAAAGGCAAAAUACCUCACCAAGAAGACUCAGGCUAGCAGUGUGGAAGCCAUUCGUGUUCUGGAUGAGCUGCUGCUUCAGCUGGUGGCCUCUGUUCCAGUGGAUCUAAUGCCGGGCCAAUAUGACCCCACCAACUACACCCUCCCACAGCAGCCUCUCCACCGCUGCAUGUUCCCCCUGUCCUCAGUGUACCCCACACUACAGCUGGCAUCCAAUCCAUACCAGGCUAACAUUGAUGGAGUGAGGUUCCUGGGCACAUCGGGCCAAAAUGUCUGUGACAUUCAAAGGUACAGCAGCAUGGACAGUCACCUGGAGAUACUGGAGGAAACGCUACGACUCAGACACCUGGCCCCUACAGCACCUGACACUCUCGGUUGUUACCCAUUUUACCAAAAAGACCCUUUCAUCUUGGAAGAGUGUCCCCAUGUUUACUUCAGUGGAAACGCCCCAACCUUUGAGUCCAAGCUCGUCAAAGGUGCUAAUGGCCAGGAGGUCCUUUUGGUUACUAUCCCAGAGUUCUGCAGUACCCAGACAGCAUGUCUGGUCAAUUUACGCACUCUUCAGUGUGAGCCUGUCAGUUUCUCUGCCUUCUCUGCCGACGGCGAUGAGGAAAGUGAGAUGAACAUCAGUCACUGAGGGUCCACAUCAACACAAAGAACGACAUGCAGAGACUUCUCAGACAUUAUUUGUGUAUAUUCAGAGUUUUCUUGGCUGGACACUAAUCAAAUCUACAGGGGGCUAACAAUUGCAGUCCUUGCUGUCCAGUAUCAUAGGUCAAUGAAUUGCUGUCAAAAUUGCCUAAGGUUGCUUCUAAUGUUUCCUUAUAAGGUAAGUUUUUUUUUGGCGGGGGGGGGGGGGGGGGGCUGUGAGAGAUAAAACAGCACUGAUAUUCUCCAGUAUUCAACUCUGGCUGGGCUGGAAAGACAACACAAGCGUUUUGUAUUAAC